AUGAGCUCGACUUCUAUCCGAAAAGUUGUCGUCAUUGGUGCAAGCGGCAACGUCGGAAGUUCAGCAAUCAAGGCACUCUUGGAUGACGGGUUCCAGGUCACUGGACUUACUCGAAAAACUUCGGCAGCAUCGCUGCCAGAGGGCGUCACUCAUGUGAAAAGCGACUUUUCUAAGGCCUCGCUGGCGAACGUUUUCAAGGGCCAAGACGCAGUUGUCAGCACCUUGUCAAGCAUAUCCCCAGCUGGUGCCCUGGCCUCUCAGAACUUCCUCAUAGAUGCGGCCAUAGCUGCAGGAGUCAAGGUCUUCAUCCCUUCAGAGUAUGGGGUUGACACAUCUGAUCUAUCGGCCCCGGAGAUCAUCCCUUUUCUUAUCGACAAGGUUGAAACUCUCAACUAUCUCAAAAAGAGUCAGGACAGAAUCUCAUGGACUGCCAUCGUCUCCGGGGCUAUGUUCGACUGGGGCUUGGCGAUCCCUGGUUUCGGGGGUUGGAACGUGGCUGCCCGAACUGUCACAAUUUACGACGGCGGAGACAUUCCCUUCGACGCCACCAACUUGGACCAGGUCGGCAGAGCCAUCUCCAAGUCUCUGAAGAACCCGGAGCUCACCCAGAACCAAUACGUCUAUGUCAACAGCUUCACAAUCACUCAGAACCAGGUUCUGCGAGCCCUCGAGAAAGCCACCGGAGACAAAUUUGAUGUCUCUCAUGGUUCUGUCGAAGAACUAUGGCAAACCGGUGCUGCUCAAGUCCGAGACGGGCAGCCGCUGGGUGCUCUUGGGCUAAUCGCAGGUGCUGUCUAUGGAAAAGGAGGGUUGGCACAGUACUCGGCCAAGAAUGGCCUUUGGAAUGAGAAAUUGGGAUUACCAGAGGAGGAUCUUGAGCAGUUCUUGGAGCGCUAUGUUACAGGAAAACAGUGA